CCUUCUCAGGUGGGAAAGGCGACCUUGGGAAUUGCGGAAUCCUCGCAGUACGCGCAACCAGGAGGCCGGAUCACAAGCUGUGAUGCUCAGCACUUGUGUGUGCACUGCGCCGAUGCUCGCGAGUGCGGCUUUCUGAUCGCUUCGUCGUGGAAUCAAACGCAGCCAUCUCGCCGCCGCCGGUACUAGCAUGCAAUCGGCUGAACUGCUCACGAGGCCGUGGAUCGUCCACGUGGCAGCAUCUACAAGCGCAGCCCUGUGCCACAUCAGCACCCGCUCCUUCCAUCUCCUCCAACCUGCUCUCCGGCCGUCCCCUCCCUCGGUUCGAUCUCGGCCGUUGAUUCUGUUCAGUUCCCAUAUCACGGCCUCUGCUAGUAGCACCAGAAACAUUGGAAGCAUGAGCAUCAGCAGAGGCGUUGGCAGCAGCAGCGGCACAGCAGCAGCGGGUUUAGGAGGCCGGUUCUGCCGUCAGCAGUCGCCCACGUGCUCAUCAGUAUCGUUGCUAGAGGGCUUUCAAAGAAACCUUCGCUGCCAAGAGCACAUGAGGGGGAGACAGCCGCUGGGGAGGUUUCAGGGGUUAGGGUUUACCAGGGUUCAGAGUGCAGGGUUUAGCAGGAGAGCUACCAAUUGCAUGGUAAUCCCCCUAGCAGCGGCGCUAGGCCCAACAGGCAACCAUCCUCUAGCGGCAGCUGGUACUGUUAAACCCUUGCUGACUCGCAAGCUGACCUCCUUCUCGUUCUCUAGCAGCUCACGCUCCCCCAAGGACUUAGAUAGUAGGAGGGACUUGGAUAGUAGGAGAGAUGGACAGCAGGAUGGGCAGCGGCAGGGGCAAGGGCAGGGGCAGGGGCAGCAGGGGCAGGGAGGGGAGGAAGGAGUGGAGGUGGAGAGUGGGAUUGAGAGUGGGCUGGAGAGCGGGCUUGAGAGCGGGCUGGAGAGCGGGCUGGAGAGCGGGAAUGAGAGUGGAACCGAGAGUGGUAGUGAGGGAGGGAAGGGGAGAGGGCCAGGGAAUGGGAACGGCAACGGAGCGGUGCUGGCAGCAGGAAAGGUGGUGGAGGUGGAGCUGCAUGAGGAGGCGGUGCAGUCCUACGUGACGUACGCCAUGUCCGUCAUCGUGGGGCGCGCUCUGCCUGACGCCCGGGACGGCCUCAAGCCAGUGCACCGCCGCAUACUCUACGCCAUGCAUGAGCUGGGUCUGGCGUCGUCCAAGCCUUUCCGCAAGUCGGCUAGAGUUGUGGGAGAGGUCCUAGGGCGCUUUCACCCACAUGGAGACACCGCCGUCUAUGACGCUCUCGUGCGCAUGGCGCAGGACUUCUCCCUGCGCGCCCCGCUGGUGCACGGCCAUGGCAACUUUGGGUCCGUGGAUGCCGACCCCGCUGCUGCGAUGCGAUACACCGAGUGCAGACUGCAGCCUCUCACAGAGAAAAUGCUCCUGGAAGACAUCCGCAGUGACACGGUUGACUAUGCUCCCAACUUUGACGCGUCAACCAACGAGCCGACGGUGCUUCCUGCCCGAGUCCCGGUGCUCCUACUCAACGGCUCUCAAGGCAUUGCGGUGGGUAUGGCCACUAACAUCCCUCCCCACAAUCUAUCGGAGCUGGUGGACGCCCUCUCAGCGUUCAUUGACAACCCCUCAAUCUCCACAGAAGACCUCAUGCUGAUCUGCCAGGGACCAGACUUCCCCACCGGAGGCGUCAUUUUGGGCACUUCUGGCAUGGAGGAGGCGUACCGCACGGGAAGGGGGUCGAUCGUGGUGCGGGGGAGGGCGUAUGUGGAAGAGCUGGGAGGAGGGGGCGCAGGGAGCAGGGGCAACCGUCUGGGGAUUGUGAUUACCGAGUUGCCAUACCAGACAAACAAGGCUGCUUUAGUCGAAAAAAUCGCCGAGCUGGUGAACAGCAAGGUGGUGGAGGGGGUGAGUGACAUCCGCGAUGAGAGCGACCGGUCGGGCAUGCGGGUGGUGGUGGAGGUCAAAAGGGGCGCCACCCCCAUGGCUGUGCUCGCGUCCCUGUACAAGCACACGCAGCUGCAGACGAGAUUCAACUGCAACCUCGUGGGGCUGGUCAAUGGCGAGCCCAAGGAGAUGACCCUCAGAGACUUCUUUCAGGUCUUCCUUGACUUCCGCUGCCAGGUCAUCGAGCGCCGAACCACAUUCCAGCUUCGGAAGGCGGAGGACCGGGACCACUAUGUACAGGGCCUGCUGAUUGGUCUAGGGAGCUUGGAUCGCCUGGUGGACAUCCUUAAGGCGGCUGCCACUCCGGCUGAUGCUGCUGAAACCCUUAAGCAAGCCCUUGGUUUAUCCCCUAUACAGGCUGAUGCUCUUCUCAGCACACCACUCCGGCGCCUCACAUCUCUUGAAGUGUCCAAGCUCGAGGAGGAGCACGCUCGUCUAAAGGGCGACAUUGCGGAUCUGCAGGACCUGCUGGCGAGCAGAAAGAGGGUUCUGCAGACGGUGAAACGGGAGGCGAUGGCUCUGAAGGAGGAGUUUGGCGGGCCGAGGAGGACCAGGAUCGAGGCGGACGGCUCUGCUGCCGACCUGGAUCCGAACCUGAGCGAGCGCGGGUACGUGAAGCGCAUGGCAGCGGACACCUUUUCAGCGCAGAAGAGAGGCACUGCGGGGAAGUCGGGCGGGAAGCUGAAGGCCGAUGAUGCCAUGGCGCGAUUCGUGGUGUGCCGCACCCACGACACCGUGCUCUUCUUCAGUGACCGCGGAGUGGCUUACACCAUGAAAGGGUACCAAAUCCCGGAGGGCUCCCGCACUGCCAUUGGCUCUCCGAUCUCCAGGCACAUCGUUCCGCUGCAAGACUCAGAGCGCAUCACAUCAAUGCUGCCGGUGGGCAACUUCUCAGAAGAAGCCUACCUGGUGAUGAUGACUCGAGGGGGGUUCAUCAAGCGCACUGCUCUGCAUGCUUUCAGCGACACACGGAAGAGCGGGCUCAUCGCCAUUCAGCUGGGAGAGGGCGAUGAGCUGGCAUGGGUGCGGAGAGCGACAGCUGGCGACUCGCUAUUGGUCGGCUCGCAGUCCGGCAAUAUCGUUCGAUUCGCGUGCGAUGACGACCAGCUGCGCCAGAGUGGGCGGACAGCGAGGGGAGUGAGGGCCAUGCGGCUGAGGGAGGGGGACACUGUAGCGGCUCUGGAGAUCGUGCCAGUUAGGAAGACGGUUGAGUAAGUGGACUCCUCACGGGGGUCGAAGGUGUGUCUCGAAUUCAAAGGAUGCAUAUGAAACAACCAUGCGUGAGGGGUCUAUUUUUGAGGUGCCUCAAAGGAUGCUUGUGAAAGAACCAUGCGUGAGGAGUCUAUUUUUGAGGCGCCUCAAAGGGUGCCUGCGAAAGAACCAUGCGUGAGGAGUCUAUUUUUUAGGCGCCUCAAAGGAUGCCUGUAAAAGAAACAUGCGCGACGGGUAUAUUUUUUAGCCGCCUCAAAGAAUGCCUGUGAAAGAACCAUGCGUGAGGAGUCUAUUUUUGAGGCGCCUCAAUGGAUGCCUAUGAAAGAACCAUGCGUGAGGAGUCUAUUUUUGAAGGGCCACAAAGGAUGCCUGUGAAAGAACCAUGCGUGAGGAGUCUAUUUUUUAGGCGCCUCAAAGGAUGCCUGUGAAAGGACCAUUCAUGAGGAGUCUAUUUUUUAGGCGCCUCAAAGGAUGCCUGUGAAAGAACCAUGUAUGAGGGGUCUAUUUUUUAGGCACCUCAAAGGAUGCCUGUGAAAGAACCAUGCGUGGGGGGUCUAUUUUCGAGGCGCCCCAAAGGAUGCCUGCGAAAAGAACCAUGCGUGAGGAGUCUACUUUUGAGGCGCCUCAAAGGAUGCCUGUGAAAGAACCAUGCGCGAGGAGUCUAUUUUUGAGGCGCCUCAAAAGGAUGCCUGUGAAAGAACCAUGCGCGAGGAGUCUAUUUUUUAGGCGCCUCAAAGGAUGCCUGUGAACGAUGUUAGAAACUGAGAACUUGAUUCAUGGAAUGAGCAAGAGCAUACAUCCUUAGGUGCUGAGCAUCGGAGAGGAUGGGAAGGGAUGAGGGAAAAUCGGAGGGAAUCCCAAAGGAACCCUCCCAAAUCGUGGGGAUUUGGGAUGGAUUGGGUUGGGAUAGGUUGGGGAUGAAAGCAAGGCUACACCCAAUCUAACAUAUAUGUCUAACCCUAAAACCAACAAAUUACUAGCACACAAAGUUGUGCCAACCGAAUUGCAGCCUAUCUCCAACACACCCCCUCUGCUGCAACGUCGGAAGCUGUAGGGACGCCAAGCCCCAUGAGGAGAUGUGCUUGACGCAGAACUGCCCUCGCUGGGCGAGCUCGCGCAUGAAGUAGUGUCUAAGUUCGAUAUGCUUGGUCCGUUGGUGGAAGACAUGGUCUUUGGUAAGGUGUAUGGUGCUCUCAUUGUCACACCACCGAGUAAUACCCGAGCCCAGCCAUGAGGUAGGUAUGUCAUCGAGCUUCUUGGGCUGCCAUGGUGCCUGCAUGUAGCUCAGCUUCGCAGGAUGACAAUGAGACAGAUGAUGAGCGUGUGGAUCGCCAGCUGAUGACCCCACUGCCAAGGGUGAAGCAAUAGCCUUUGGAAGCGCGGCGGUCAGCUUGAUCAUCAGCCCAUGAGGAGUCGCUGUAUCCCUUGAGGUGUGGAGAGGUCGUGCCAUCGAGAGUCCUUGGUGGCUUGGAGGUAGCGAAGGACGCGCUUAGCAGCCGACCUGUGGCGAUUGGUGUAUCGACCGGCAGCAACGUAAUGCGAGAGCACACUGAUGGGGUAGGCGAGGUCGGGCCUUGUGCACAUCAUCGCAUACAUGAGUGAUCCGACGAGCUCGGGAUAUGCCUCAUCGCAAGGCUCAGGUGAUGGAACUGAUGGAGCGGUCAGAUCAUGCUGUAGGGAAAGGGGUGUUGCCACUGGCUUGGCGUUGUCCAUGGCAAAACGCUUGAGGACGUUGU